GCCGCUCCGGCCCCCUCGCUCGCGGCCCCAGGCGUCGCUGCCGCAGCUCGCGCCGCCGCGAUGGCGGAGGACAGCGAGUCUGCGGCCAGCCAGCAGAGCCUGGAGCUGGACGACCAGGACACGUGCGGGAUAGACGGGGACAAUGAGGAGGAGACGGAGCACGCCAAAGGAAGUCCCAGAGGGGACUUGGGUGCCAAAAAGAAAAAGAAGAAACAGAAGAGGAAAAAGGAGAAACCCAGUUCCGGAGGCACCAAAUCAGACUCUGCAUCUGAUUCCCAGGAGAUUAAGAUUGAGCAGCCGUCAAAACACAACACCAUCUGGCAGCAGAUUUCAGCAGGAGCAGCCGCGGAAUCCCACCAUUCCAAUGCAGAAGUUGCAGGACAUCCAGAGAGCAAUGGAGCUGUUGUCAGCGUGCCAGGGCCCCGCCAGGAGCAUUGACGAGGCUGCCAAACACCGAUACCAGUUUUGGGACACACAGCCGGUACCCAAACUAAAUGAAGUGAUAACAUCGCACGGUGCAAUUGAAGCAGAGAAAGACAACGUGCGCCGAGAACCCUAUUCUUUGCCGCAAGGUUUUAUGUGGGACACUUUGGAAUUGGGUAAUGCCGAAGUGCUCAAGGAGCUGUACACCUUGCUCAAUGAGAAUUACGUGGAGGAUGACGACAACAUGUUCCGAUUUGACUAUUCGCCCGAGUUCCUGCUCUGGGCUCUGCGUCCCCCUGGCUGGCUUCUUCAGUGGCACUGUGGGGUCAGAGUGUCUUCGAACAAAAAACUGGUAGGGUUCAUAAGUGCCAUCCCAGCAAACAUUCGGAUUUACGACAGUGUGAAGAAGAUGGUUGAAAUCAACUUUCUUUGUGUUCAUAAGAAAUUGAGAUCAAAACGGGUAGCCCCAGUGUUAAUUCGAGAAAUAACUAGAAGAGUGAAUUUGGAAGGGAUUUUCCAGGCCGUUUAUACCGCUGGCGUGGUUCUUCCUAAACCAGUGGCCACAUGCAGAUACUGGCAUCGAUCACUAAACCCCAGAAAAUUGGUAGAAGUGAAAUUUUCUCACUUGAGUAGAAAUAUGACUUUACAGAGAACGAUGAAGCUGUACAGACUCCCAGAUGUGACAAAGACUUCAGGCUUGAGACCGAUGGAACCAAGAGAUAUCAAAGAAGUUCGAGAAUUAACCAACAGUUACCUGAAGCGGUUUCAUCUCGCUCCAGUGAUGGAUGAAGAGGAAGUAGCCCACUGGUUCCUCCCCCAGGAGCACAUUAUUGACACGUUUGUAGUGGAGAACUCCAGUGGGAAGCUAACUGACUUCCUGAGCUUCUACACACUCCCGUCCACAGUCAUGCACCACCCCGCUCACCAGAGCCUCAAAGCUGCCUACUCCUUUUACAACAUUCACACAGAGACACCCCUGCUGGACCUCAUGAACGACGCGCUCAUUAUAGCUAAACUGAAAGGAUUUGAUGUAUUCAAUGCACUAGAUUUGAUGGAAAAUAAGACAUUCUUGGAAAAACUCAAGUUUGGUAUAGGAGAUGGCAAUUUACACUAUUACUUGUACAAUUGGAGGUGUCCAGGAACAGAUUCUGAAAAGGUUGGACUUGUAUUACAAUAGGUGGAUAUUUCCAUUUAUAGAACUUUGACACCAUCGUGUUCAUAUUCCACUUACUGAUUCCUGGAAGUGCCACUCCAAAGAAGAAUAAAAGCACAACUUAAGUGAAAUCAGUGCAGCUGGUAACAAUGAGAAAAGAUGAAAAACAUCCAGAUGUGACCAAUACUACACAUUUCUAGCUAGGAUGUUAACAUUCUUCCAUUUUUUCACUGUUUACCCAUUUGUAGGAGGGAUGAAAGGGUACAAAAAGCACAUUCCUCUAAUUUUCAGACUUUUGGCUAUCUCUUGAUGAAGAGGAGGUAUUUUUCCAUUCUCUAGAAAAGGGACAUUUUUAAUGGACGGAACAGAAGUCACAGAAUUGUGUAAGAAAAUCUUGCUAUUGUGUGUAAACUGCUACAUUUCUAUUUAUUAAGUUGUGGUCUGUCUGUGUAACAGAAUGGAGGAUUCAUGUGGGAAAUUUUUACUUCUAUCCCCUUCCUCGCUAUCAUUGGGACGUUACGGAAUCAGCACUUCUGUAACUCAGUGAUGAGUGGUGGAUGUUUACGUGUAAAGCGAGAUAAAAAUGUCCUGGUGACUACAUUUAUUUCUCCAGAAGCAAAGUUGCCAAAUCAAUAAACAACACAUUUGUACUUUAAUUUUCAACAGGUCGGUGGAUUGGUUCAAAAGCAAAGUUUUGUGCAAGUAAGUGUGCUCUCUGAAAUAGUAUACAUCAUGACUGGCUAGACGUUUCCGCUGCUGCAGCAAUCCAGUUUCUUCUCAGCAACAGCAAGGAUAUGUGAGGAAAAGAAAAGGAAAGCUCUAAAGUCAAAAGAAAUGCCCGGUGGAAUUUACUAGUGCUAUCAGGACAUUGAUAGUUUGAAUGUUUUUAUUACUUAUGCAAAAUUGCACAUAUUCCUUUAGGCUGACUUUAAUUUAUCAUGAAAAGGUGUCAUGCUAAUGGAAAAUGUCUUAUUUGUAAAUAAGUAUUCAUAAUUUUGUUACUGAUGGUGUUUUUAUCUAGAAUUUGAAAAAC